CGAUCCUCUUCAACAUCCAGCUCGUCACACAAAAUACUAUAAGUAAAUAAAAUAAGAAUGUAUAAAUGACUAUUCAGACGUUGGACAAUAAAGCGACAGUUCACGUCUAAACAAUGAGUGUGCUAAUUAUUUGUGCUAUAUUAUUAUUUUUAAUCUUUUUUAUUUUUUUCGGCCAGUCUCCAAAACUUAGACGUAAUGGAAAGCCAUUAAGGAAACCUUUGGACACGUUGCCUUUCGCUGGCAACGUAUUCCGUUUCUUUCAGAACCGACAGGAUCUUUUUUCCUGGUUUACAAGUUGCGAGCGGUCAUUUGGCUUUGAAACAUUCCAGAUCUCAGUCCCGACUUUACCACCGGGCGUGGUUAUUAAUGAUCCCAAAAAUCUGGACUUCGUAUUCAGAAAUGACGCCACAUUCGGCAAAGGCGAAUUUUUCAAAUCCAGAUCUUCGGAUCUCUUUGGCCACGGAAUCAUCAAUGCCGAUGGGGAAUUAUGGAAAGUUCAGCGCAAAGCAGGACUUCAGUUCUUAAAUAAUGCGAAUCUCAAGGUACUCGCAGAGGUUGCUCUGCCGCGUGACCUACAUACGACCGUCAGAGAACUCUACGACAUGGAUAUAAACAAGCCGGUUGACUUGGAGAGGGUGCUCUUAUCACUCACCACCAAUUUGAUGGGCCGUAUGGUGUACGGUAUGGACAUGAGCUCAUCCCGAGACUUUUCGGAAGCUUUUGAGUACGCAUCCAGUGCAACUGGCCGACGAUUCCAGCAUCCGCUGUGGCGCGUGACGGAGCCCAUCAUUGCGCAGAAGAUGAAGGAAUCUCUUGCGACAGUGAAGAAGUUUGGCCAAGAGAUCGUGGAAAAUGCCGUGGCCAAGAGAAACAAGGAGGACGAAAAGGCAGAUGGCAGACUCGCCGGGAUAUCCGGAAGCCUGAUCAACGCGCUUCUUGACGCAAUCCCGGAUCAUCAAGUAGUGGCUGAUGCCGCUCUUAGCUACCUUUCCGCCGGUCGAGAUACGACUGCUCAAGGGCUCACAUGGGGCUUCUACACUUUAAUCCGACACCCGCAUGUUAUCUCACUGAUUCGACAAGAAAUAGAAGCCGAAGGGGCCAAGGAGGCGCUUACAGCGGAUCCCUGGGCAGAUGACUAUGAGGGUCUCCGUCCAAACUCUCUACCGUACACAACAGCAGUAUUCUACGAAGUUCUCAGACUCUACCCACCGGUACCCUUUGAGAUGAAGCAAUGUCAAACAGAUACAACACUCCCAGAUGGGACAUUCCUGCCGAAAUCUUCAAUUAUUCUUUGGUGCCCAUGGGCUAUAAACAGGUCAAAACGUAUCUGGGGGGAGGACGCGGAAAAAUUUCAACCAGAGCGUUGGCUGCAAGAUGGGAAACUAUUGAUGAAAAGCCAGUCUGAAUACCCGGUCUUCAAUGGAGGCGCCCGAGUUUGCUUGGGAAAGAAAAUGGCAGAGUCAAUAUCUGUGAUGGUGAUUGCGAAGCUUGUUUUGUUCUUUGACUUUGAGGAUUGCGAGGGAUGCUACCGGUUCAGCAGGAAUAGCCUUACGCUCCCUAUGAAAGGCGGGUUGCCUGUUUGGGCUCGUGCUAGAAGAGCUACAGCCGAUAUGUAAACUGGGUUAUUGUAUUAUUCAGAUAUAUAAAUCAUAUUUCACUCAGGAACG